GAAAAUCAUCACAGAUUCACAGUCGGUGCAAGAAGAAGUUCUCCUUCUCUACACUUCAUCCCACAUUCUCUUCCGACACACUUCAAUGAGCGUCUCCGCUUACUGAUUUCAAUUAGGGUUCGAAUAAAUUUAAUUAACCGCUCAAUUUAUCUCGAGCUGAUGGGUUCGGAGAGCACGUUUUCUGCUCAGAAGCGUACCUCCGGUACUCUUCCGACCACCGUAUCCACCGCCAACGGCGGAUCCCGCGGCGGCCGCUCCUCCUCCGCCUCCCUCAUCCCCCGCGGCCGGCAGAUGAACAAGACGUUCAACAACAUCAAGAUCACAAUCAUCUGCGGCUUCGUCACAAUCCUCGUCCUCCGCGGCACAAUUGGCCUCGGCAACCUCGUCUCCACCGAAUCCGAAGCUGAGAGCCUCCACCUCAUCGAAGAAACGAAUCGGAUCCUCGCCGAGAUCCGAUCCGACAAGGACCCGACCGACCCGGACGACGGACCCGAGAAGUUUCUCGAGCUGAACGCCACUUUCAGCCUGGGCCCUAGAAUCAGCACGUGGGACGAAGAUCGCAAGGCGUGGCUUCAGCAAAACCCCCAAUUCCCCAAUUACGUUCGCGGAAAACCUAGAAUUAUGCUCGUCACCGGGUCGCCGCCAAACCCUUGCGAUAACGCCAUUGGAGACCAUUACUUGCUCAAGGGCAUCAAGAACAAAAUUGACUACUGCAGAAUCCAUGGGAUUGAGAUUGUCUACAACAUGGCCCAUUUAGAUAAGGAGAUGGCCGGGUAUUGGGCGAAGCUGCCGUUGAUUCGCCGCUUGAUGCUGUCGCACCCUGAAGUCGAGUGGAUUUGGUGGAUGGACAGUGACGCAUUGUUCACCGACAUGGUGUUCGAAUUACCCGUUUCGAAGUACAAGGAUUACAACAUGGUUAUCCACGGCUACCCGGAUUUGCUCUUCGAGCAGAAGUCUUGGAUUGCGCUGAACACCGGUAGUUUCCUGUUCCGUAAUUGCCAGUGGUCGUUGGAUUUGCUGGACGUUUGGGCGCCCAUGGGGCCCAAAGGCCCGAUCCGCGAGGAAACGGGUAGGAUCCUGACCGCCAACUUAAAGGGUCGGCCCGCGUUCGAGGCGGACGAUCAGUCUGCAUUGAUAUACCUCUUGAUUUCUCAGAAGGAGAGGUGGAUGAACAAGGUGUUUGUGGAGAACUCGUUUUAUCUGCACGGGUUUUGGGAGGGUCUCGUGGACCGUUACGAGGAGAUGAUCGAGAAGUACCAUCCGGGUUUGGGUGACGAGAGGUGGCCGUUUGUUACGCAUUUUGUCGGGUGUAAGCCGUGUGGGAGUUACGGUGAUUAUCCGGUGGAGAGGUGUUUGAAGAGUAUGGAGAGGGCUUUCAACUUUGCGGAUAAUCAAGUCUUGAAUUUGUACGGUUUUAGGCAUAGGGGAUUGGUCAGCCCCAAUAUUAAGAGGAUUAGGAAUGAAACGGUUACUCCUUUUGUGAACGUGGAUCACUUUGAUAUUCGGCAUUCCGCGAGCCAUACGAGUGGAUCUAAGGGUUAGCUAGUCGAACGACACCUGUCAGAAACACAUGCAGUUAAAAACCGUUUCCAUUCAAAAGGGGUGGAUCGAAGAAAUCGUGAGUUGUUCGCAUAUUAUUGCAAGGAAGUGAAUGAUGGUUGGAGGGCGUUGAUCUGCUGAAUGUAGUGUUUGUGUAAAUCCCGAAAACAUAUAAAAGAAUUUCCGAAUAUAUGUUUUUACGUUAGCUGUUAUUUUAGAUUUUCAUACAUUUAGAAGCAUUAGUGAAAUCCAAACUCCAAAGUAAAGGUUUUGAAGCUUCAAAAGAGGAGAUUCAAUUCACAUUCAAAGAACAAAUAAUGGAUUAGGGUUUCACGUGUUCAGAGUUCUUGCUUGAGCUGUAGUUUCACCUCUUGUUCUGUAUUGUUGCAAAUUGUGAAAAUUUUCCAUAAAUAGAUUAAUAUUCCAUGACUGGCAGAAUUUGCUAGUUUUACGAAUUCCGAGGAUAAUAGUAUUUAUUGGCAAUGUUUGGUUCUGUU